AUGUCGUUUUUACAUUCACACUCUUCCGAGUGCGUGAAGUCGGAGCUGGAUCUAUUUACUAUCCCCCCGACACCGACAAGCAUCGAAAAUUCUCAAUUUCUUUAUUAUAACCCUGUAUCGACACUGUCAGAUGACACGCCGAUUGAAGUUAUCGUGCCAGGUCAUGGAGAAGAAUACAUUGAUCUGGCUCACACAAUGAUAAAAAUCCGAGCGAAAAUUCUUAGGCCUGAUGGAACUGCUGCAAGCGCUGAUUCAGUCGGCCCUGUGAAUAAUUUUCUGCAUUCAAUGUUCAAUCAAGUGGAUGUAUACUUUAAUCAAAAAGUUGUUACACCACCAAAUAAUCUCUACGCAUAUAGAGCUUACAUUGAAACACUACUGAAUUAUGGCCAAGAUGCUAAAGCCUCACACCUUGGGAUGGCCUUGUGGGCAACCGAUACAUAUUCUGCUAUGGACACCCCUGUAAUUGUCAGCGAUGAUGUACGAAAAAAUAUCGGUCUAACGGCUCGAAAUGUAUUUACGAGAGGAGGAAGGACGUCUGAUAUGCUUGGACAUUUGCAUUGCGAUGUUUUCAAUCAAGAUAAAUUUUUGAUGGACGGCGUGGAACUACGAGUUCGUCUGAUUCGAGCAAAGGAUGAAUAUUGUCUCAUGGAUGAUACCCCUCAUAAUUAUAAAGUAAAAAUUGAGGAGGCUGCAUUGAUUAUACGACGUGUGAGACUGAGCCCUGGAAUCCUGAUAGCCCAUGCAAAAACAUUGGCACAGACAACUGCAAAGUAUCCCUUGACACGAGUCGAGGUUAAAUCGUUUGUCAUGCAUAGUGGAAUUUUAGGGGAGACGAUAGAUAACGCCAUUUUGGGACAGUUACCUAAGAGAAUCAUUCUUGGUUUUGUUGAAAAUACCAGUUUUAAUGGAAUGAGAAAGAAGAACCUCUUCAACUUCCAGAACUUUGGAAUCAACUUUUUAUGUAUGAAUGUGGAUGGGCGUCAGAUACCUACGAAACCAUUACAACCCUGUUAUACAAGCGAUGCGUGUCUGGAUGUGGAGGCUUUCAAUACCCUAUUUGCUGGAACCGGUACACAUUUUAGUGAUCAUGGCAAUGGCAUUGGUCGUCGAGCAUAUUCUGAGGGCUUCUGCUUAUUCGCAUUUGACCUAACUCCAGAUUUAUCUGCAAGUUCUGCUGGGCACUGGAAUCUCGUAAGGAGCGGGAGUGUUCGCAUUGAAGUCCGCUUUGAUAAAGCUUCGGAAUCAAAUGUAAACUGUUUGCUAUAUGCGGAAUAUGAUAAUUUGCUUGAAAUCGACUCGACAAGACAGGUCAUUGUCGAUUAUAGUGGGUGA